GCUAGGGACCAACCACGACGCUCUUUAUACUUUUCUCGCCUUCCCCCCUCCUCUCUGGCCGCCCGGCUUCUCCUGCUCGUCGCUUCCUGCCUCCCCCACACUAGCCCCCAAGCUCUCAACAGUUCGCCGCGUCCAAGAACCCGCCAGUUGCUCAUAUACAGCCUCAGGCUCCACCAGAAUUCAUCCAGAUCUCCUCAUCGUCAGUCUCGUCCACAGCAGCAGAAAAGAUGGCCAUCACUCUGAGCAGCAUCCACCUGGCGCUUCCGGCUUCUCCCUUCACCCCUGAGUUCCACGCCGGACAGCCGUCGCUCGUCGUCCCCCAGCACGUGCCAAUCCCGGCAGACAUCUACGCUGCCCUCCUCGAUGUCCGUGUGCCGCUCACCAUUGCCGCUGUCUACGCCGUAUCCGCGCACCUGCUGAACCACUGCGCCAACGGCCAACCCUACGCGAUCGCAAAGACCCGGCUCUUCAAGGCGUUCGUCGUUGCGCACAACAUCUUCCUCGCCGUUUACUCGGCAUGGACGUUCGUCGGCAUGGUCCGUGGCCUGCACCACGCCCUCGACAAGAGCAGCUUGCCCAAUGCCAUCGGUAGUCUGUGCAAGAUCCGCCAGGAGACCCGCGGCGUGUUGAUGAUGGGCAACGGAACGUCGACUGGGAUCGAGGGCUCGUUUGACGGCGUGCCGAUGGAGGGCCUGUGGGAGGGUGCGCUCGCCUGGUACGGCUGGUGGUUCUACCUCAGCAAGUUCUACGAGGUCAUCGACACCGCCGUCAUCCUCCUCAAGGGCCGCAAGAGCAGCUUGUUGCAGACAUACCAUCACGCCGGCGCUAUGAUCUGCAUGUGGGCUGGUAUCCGCUACAUGGCACCCCCGAUCUGGAUCUUCUGCAUCUUCAACAGCCUGAUCCACGCAUUGAUGUACACGUACUACACACUGACGGGGCUUCACAUCCGGGUGCCGGCGCUGCUGAAGCAGUCGCUCACCACACUGCAGAUCACGCAGUUCAUCGUCGGCGGCUCCUUCGCCGCGCUGCACCUGUUCGUCAAGCUCGACAAGGAAACCCCCUGCCUCAGCAAUUCGGGCGAGAUCUUUGCCACCUUCACCAACUGCUUCUACCUCGCCCCUCUCACCUACCUGUUCGUCGCGUUCUUUGUCGAGUCCUACACUAAGAAGGGAAGCAAGGCGCGGGAGGGCGCGAAGAAGUCGCAGUAAACCCCCCCCCCCCCCUGCUUGCAUACCCUGCCCCACGACACUACUACACCACGGACGACAUUAAAAUAUCGACGACGACGACGAUGCAAUGGUUAGAACGAUUAU